AUGGGUAUCGACCUGGACCGCCACCAUGUGCGGAGCAGCCACCGCAAGGCUCCCAAGAGCGACAACGUCUACUUGAAGGUUCUGGUGAAGCUCUACCGCUUCUUGGCUCGCCGCACCGAGUCCAACUUCAACAAGGCCGUCCUCCGUCGUCUCUUCAUUGAGGCACAGAAGGGCAAGACUGUCGUCGUUAUCGGCACUGUCACCGACGACAACCGCCUUUUGACCAUCCCCAAGCUGUCGAUUGCCGCCCUCCGUUUCACCGCUACUGCCCGGGCUCGCAUUGAGAAGGCUGGUGGUGAGACUUUGACUCUUGACCAGCUUGCUCUCCGCGCCCCUACCGGUGCCAACACUCUCCUCCUGCGUGGACCCAAGAACGCCCGUGAGGCCGUGAAGCACUUCGGCUUUGGUCCUCACACCGACAAGAAGCCGUACGUGGGAAGCAAGGGCCGCAAGUUCGAGCGGGCUCGUGGUCGCAGAAGGUCCAAGGGUUUCAAGGUUUAA